GAGAAGAGCGACAGCAGCAGUGGCACAACGCGGGAACGACUUCCAAGCGGUAUUGGAAGUGCUUUCGGGCUACGAACAGUUCCCAGUCAACGGCCGACAACCGGGUCUGCUGGUAGUCGGUUCGCUGCGGCUUUAGGAGCCGCUUUGGGACCCAGUUGGAAGUCGCUCAACAAAACAACAACAGUAGGAGUGGACGAAGAAAUGUCAUAUGUCAGAAUUCCACCAGGUGGCAGUCAUUGAAAGACGGGAGAGAAUAAGAUUAAAACACAGCCAAGAGGAAGAAGGCAGACGUUGGCUGCUUGUAGCGACCGAAGCGAAGAAGUCGUAUGGGAACGCCGGAGAUGCGUUUCUGACGAUAGGGUUUGUUUUGGCCACUUGAACGGAGGCUCCGCGCGCGUCGGGACUCUCUUGGUCUGUCACCUUCCGUUCCAAAUUCACGCCAGACGCUUGAUGCUCAAAGAAGCUAGCCGUGAGCCGAUUGAGAAGUAACGGAAGCUAAUAGUGCAUUCUGCACGUCGCUCUGAAAACUACAUGUACGUCUUAUCCAACAUUCUGGCUAAAUGUGGAAAUAGAACACCUCGCCAACGUUGUGAUGCGUUGAGACCAAUGAACAUGACGACGAAAAAGAGCAUUUUGCUUUGUUGCGAUUUGAAGCCGCGAAUGUUGAAUGAGUGUUAUUGCGAACACCAACCCAGCGGCCAUCGUUAAUCCACGAUGAAGUCCGCACACGACCGCGCGAAAGCGGGAGCGCGUGACCUUGCUUCGCAGCCGCACUCCCCCGAUCGUGAAGAUGCCGACGCGGACGCCGAGCUCAUCAUCACGACGGAUGAGCACCCCGAGGUCAGCGGGAGGAGAAUGCUGAGGAGGAAGCGGAAGAGGCAGACGGAGGAAGACGAAGAAGAAGAGGAGGAGGAGGACAAAGGUGAAGAAGAAGAGCAGCCGAGGGGGGGCUUGGACAUCGACCGACAGCUUGACCAAUUGCUGGAGAGCAAGUCCAAGCAACACAAGCUGACCAGCGUCAACGUGCGCAACAUUAUCCACGAAGUGAUCACCAACGAGCACGUGGUGGCGAUGAUGAAAGCCGCCAUCAACCAGACCGAGGCCGUGCCGCCGUUUGAGCCCAAGAUGACGCGUUCCAAGCUGAAGGAAGUUGUGGAGAAAGGCGUGGCGAUCCCAGCGUGGAACAUCUCUCCCAUCAAGAAGAGCGGAGACAUCGGCAAGGGUCAUCAGUUUGUGGACAUCCCCCUCGCCGAGGAAGACUCCUCCGACGAGGAGUAUCGUCCUGACGACGAGGACGAGGACGAGACGGCCGAAGAUACGUUGCACGAGAGCGACUUGGAGAGCGCGGCGUCGCCUGCGAGAGGAUCCCGACCCCACGUCAACCGGCGCGGCGCCGGCACGACCUCGAGUGCGGAGUCUGGGUCCUCAAUGGGUCCGCCCCCGCCGCCGCCCCUGCCUCCGCCGCCGCUGUCCCCUCCCUCCGCCCACGCCGACAGCUUCCUGGAGAAGCUGCACGCCGUGGAGGCCGAGCUGGCCGUGUGCAUGGAGCCGUACCGGCCUCUGGAGGACUCGGGCGAGGGCGGCCUGAUGGCGUACCGUACGCGCUCAAAGCGUCCCCUUCGAGACGUACCGCUCGGACGCCUGGAGGCGGAGCUACGAGCGCCCGACAUCACUCCCGACAUGUACGACUGCGGCUCCGCCAACGAGGACAGCAACUGGACCGACUGGUUGCGAGGGCUCAUGACCUCCGACGUGGACAACGACGAGGAGUGCGAUGAUGAAGACGAUCCAGAGUACAACUUCCUGGCUGACAUCGAUGAGCCGGACCAGGAGGAUUACCGUGACGACAAGGCCGUACGCAUCACCAAAAAGGAAGUCAAUGAACUGAUGGAGGAGCUCUUUGAAACGCUGAAAGAGGACCUGAGGGGCCAGGAAGUGGAUGAUGAAGGCCACGACGAGGAGGAAGAGGAGGAGUCACGGGAGGACACCGGCAGCACCUGUGAUGAGCGCCUUGCCGCCCGGCCGUGUCACGCGCUCGACCGAGCGGCGGCGGCGGCGUGCGGCGGGCAGGUGGAGAAGGAGCGAUUGGCGGGAGAGCUGCGUACCGUCAAGCAGCAGCUGGCCUUCCCGAGGCCCGUUCAACACGCGGCAAGUGUGCCCACGCUAAGGCUGGACGCACGCCACCGGAGCACGCUCGCGCAGCAAAUACAGCAGCAUGUGCAGCUGUUGCUUCAGGUCCACCUUCUCGCGUCGCCCGUGGAAGAACUUCGCAGUGAGGCCGAAACGACGCGACACUUCCUGUUUGAGCUAGACCUGCUGGCGCAGCGAGGUGAGCUGAUGUUGUCGUGCCAACGAGCCCGGAUGACGGCGGCGGCGGCGGCGCUGUGCAGUGCCUUCAGGGCCUCCAAUCUGCAAGGGGCCCUCAAGCUGCUGGACGAAUUGCGGGAGUGCCCCCCAGCCUACGUACACCUCAAACACACGGCGGACUCACGCGGACAAAUGCGGAGUUUUCCAGUGAUGCCCGCUGAGCUGGCGUGGAUCUUUGCCACACGUCCCGUCUUUCUCUACCCGCAACUUCUGCCGUGUGUCAGCUUGGAUCCGGCUCUCUAUUGCCCCCGCAGGACGGCGGCAUUCACUGCAGCAGAAGACUGCCUGCUUGUCAUGGGCCUGCGCAAUUUGGAGGGCUCACGCGACCCCACCCGGCUGCUGUGCCAAUUGUUGCUGAGUAAAAGUGUCGUUCAGGUGAAACGCAGGAUCCUGGAGUGCUGCAGAUCAGGAACCCCCGACAAUGUUGUCAAGGCAUUCCGGUACAGGCGUGUUGUUCCUCGCAUGCCGCCGAUGUGUGCCCAUGUCGCUGCAUCGGAGCGGCGUCCCCCAGCAGAGAGAGAUGUGCGCCUCUUGCCUCUGUGGCUGGUGAGAAGUCUCCCCGUGAUCUCCAAGGCCGUUAGCCCCGCCUCUCCACGCCGCUCCUCCGGCGACGAGACUGCACCCGGCCGUCCCCGUGCGCGCUACCCGCCCCACCUCCCGGCCAACCUGCGCUUGCGGCGCGGGGGCUUUGUCCGGCAGUCCGAGCGUGGCCCCCGGCCCCGUUCCUCAGCUUCUCCUGGCCCCGCAACCCCAAAUCCUCCCUCUCCUGACUGCCCCGCCCGCUCGGCGGCAGGCGUGCGGGGAAUCAAGGAAGCGGAGGUGGACCUUCCUGGUACGGUGGAAUCAUCGAGGAGCUCCGGAGUGAACGAGGCCAGGAUGACAGAAGAUGUUGGAACUUCCUGUCAUCUGCUCGAGGAAGUUGACCUCCGCCUACAACGGGAAUCCCAGGCGUGCCCUCCAGGGGCAGAUGAGCCCGGAAAAACAGGAAGCGAUGCGCGCGGCCAAAAGAAAGCGCAGCCGCCGGCCGUGUCCGCUCAAAACGUCUCAACGGGUGUAAAUGGAGAAAAAACAGUGGUGUGGACACGAGAAGCCGACCGUCUCAUCCUGACGGCCUGUCAGCAGCAAGGAGUUCAUCGGAAGACAUUCAGACGAAUCUCCACCCAGUUGGGAACCAAGAGCGCCCGGCAGGUGAGCCUUCGCUACCAUGACCUCCUUCGCCUUUUCCGUGUGGCCGCGACAUCCGGAUCCUCCUCCUCGGUCGUCACCCAGGAACCGGAAGCGGACCCGGGCUUCGUGGCCCAAAAGCACACCGACGACUGAUGGCUUGUCGAAAAGUUGAAGGAAGAACUGAUGAGGUCAUCAAAUCCUCCCAAUUCAUAUUGAAUGAAAUCAAGUCUUGCGUUGAACAAAACGUGUUUUGAUGUGGAUAUGCUGGAAUGUUCAUCCUCGUGAAUAAAGUUUGAACUGCCCAAUCAUA